ACUAAACUAAGUAUUAUGGGACGAUCCACCAGCAAAAUUUAGGUAGGGUUCAGUCUACUGAUACAUACAAACGCAGUGCUGAACUUAUUGCUGAAGCUCCACUAUGGACCCGUAAGUCAAAAAAAGAUUAUUGUCCCAAACACCCCCUAAACAAUAUACAUAUUUUAACAUUAUAACAUACCUAGUAUAUAUCCUAAUAUUCUAUCUUGGAGUAGAUUUUUUUUUAAAAAAAAAUCUCUGUGUUUCCGUAAAUAUGUACGCUGUAUCAAAACCCUGUUCGAUAUCUCGAUACCCUAGUGCAAAUCGGUAUUUGCAUUGAAACAAACCAACAUUAUUUCAAGGGAUGGACUGUAGAUAGAACAUGUGAACCCGUAGCUGCAGGCACGCCUGCGCAACUGUCUCCGCUUUCGUUUCUCUUCAUCUAUUCUCCCAAGAUCCUUACUCUCCACAAUGCCGAUGGUCACCACCGACAAGGAUUUACCCAAAUUGCUUGACACCCCCGCGAAGCAGGUCAAAUGGGCAAAGAAAUUGGUCGCCGAGCAUCUGAAUAGUGCUGCAACGCGCGUCGACAAGCCUCCCAUGCAGGGGAUGUUUAGUAGGACUCUGUUUGCUACCCUCGCUAACGGCCGUGAGGUGGUUGUGCAAUUUCGUACCGAACCGCUUGAUGUUAGUUCCUUCAAGACUGCCAAGGUGGCGUUAGGUUCAUAUGUACCAGAUGUUGGGGCUCUCGGCAAUGAAGAGUUAGAGAACGCAGGUGCCUGGGCUUACUCCCUCACCCUCAUGCCCGGUAAGAUGUGGCUGCGUGGAAUCGCUGGGAAAGGAGCCGAAGGGCGUAUUGCCGUCAAUAAGUCAUUAGGUCGCGUCUUUUCAAAAGGCUUUCUCGCCGACAACAGCUAUGAAGCUGUCAAGACCAAGCUUCGACCGCACCUAGACGCCAUCUUAGCAUCACCAUUGGAAGAUAUCCUCCCCUACAAAGCGACUAUUGAGAGUUUCGCCAAGAGGCUUGAUGACUUUGCCCAGCUCCCGCUGUGGGUCGCCCAUUAUGAUCUUAACGACGUGAACGUGCUUAUCGACGAGAAAUGCGAGGUUACUGCCUUGAUCGAUUGGGAACUAUCCAACCCGCUGCCUUUCGGGGCCGGCUUCGGUCGUAUCCACACCAUUGCCGGCGAAUACACCGGGGGCGAGUUUUGGAUGCCGGAUGAAUUCGAGGUCACGGAAAGGGGUUUUUGGACGGAACUAUUCAAUGGAAUGCCGGAGCAUAUUCGAACACUACUGGAGAAGCGCAUCGAUCUAGUCCAGGAUGCUGUUAUUCUUGCGACCUUGCUAAAUUGCUUCUUCUUUGAGGAUGGGAAGAUCGGCGUCGGCCAGGUUGCCUUGAAGGCGCUCCCAAAAUUCAUGACAUAUCGAAUUCCUUUUGUUCGGGGGCAGGAGCAACCGUAUAGAGAAUAAUAUGAGGUAGGGGUUAGACAAAUAGCUGAAGUCUAAAUGUACCUAUGUAAAGGCUGUCGCAGAAGUCAGGCACGAUUUACGCCGCUGAGAACCUAAAUUUCUAGGGCUGAAGACCGGAGCGGAUUAAUUAUAGCGUGUGGUGGCGUCGUGAAGUGGUACAAAUUACCUGCUAGAGACCUGUGCCCGUAGACAGGACGCGCCAGCCAAAUUCAACAACCAGAACACUGCAU